GAUGCCAUUCUUUGUAAUACCAGUUGCCGACAAACCAAUGUUGCCAAUCUCGUUACCAUGGUUACCCCGCUAUGUUUGCAGCCAUUUUGUUUCACUGCGAUAAUCCCCGUUAGGGCUAGUUGUUGGUACGGUGAACAGUGCGGCGAGUGCGGUGCGUCGUCCCGGGUCCUCGCCAAUGAGAAGUUUUCAUAUGCAAUGCCGGUUUGCUGCGUUCCAUACUGUCGGCAAAGUUACAAGAAUGGUGCGAAGUUGUACAGAUUUCCAGCCAAUCCGGAAAGAAAGGCGGCAUGGGUUUCGCGGAUCAAGAGGCCUCUCUGGGAGCCAACGAGUACAUCGCGUGUCUGCGGCGUACACUUCGAACUAUCCUGUUUUGAGGAGAAACGUGCAGAUGGGUGGCGGCGCCUCAAAUUGACUGCCAUACCAACAUUGUUUUCCUCUCAAGCGUCUCCGAAGUACAAGCCAGCAGAGCAAAGCCCCGAAAAAGUAGUGCCGCACCGAUUUGAAGAGGCAGCUUGCAUCAGUGCAUCACUUGGAGCCACAGCCUGCGAUCCUCCUAUUCAUGCCUCAUCUGAAGAGGGAGUGGCAGCAUCAUCCAGUACGCCUUAG